UCUCUAGUAAGUCCUUUGAUACUUCUUGAUCAAUUACUUUGUUCAUAAUUAGGUUUCAAUUGUAAUUAAAUUUUGAUUGUGUUGUUUAUAGUGAUGGAGGAUUUUUCAAUGCAAUCAUGAGUUUUCCUCCUGAUUAUCCUCAGAAUCCACCAAAAAUGAAGUUUACUUCUGAGAUUUGGCAUCCUAAUGUUGGUUAUGAAGAUUCCGGAGAGCGCUGGUUGCCUAUUCAUACGGUUGAAAGCAUAUCUCUGAGCAUUAUAUCAAUGCUUUCAAGCCCGAAUAUCGAGUCUCCUGCAAACAUAGACGUUGCGAUAGAAUGGAGAGAUAAGAGAGGUGAAUUCAAAAAGAAAGUGGCUCGCUGUAUAAGGAAGUCUCAAGAAAUGUAAUGAAUUACAAGACGAGUUUGUUGUUGGCGUUAGCUGUCAACAAGAUUUUAGGAACUAUAAUAGGAAUAUAAUUAUUAAUUGUU